AUGUUGGUUGAUGAGACAAAGUAAGCGCUUUCAACAUUAUUCACUUGGAAUUGUGUUCGAUUUCAGUGUCGAUGUGUACUAUCAAGUGGAACCGCCCAUCAGAGACCACGACCAUUGCCUUUUGAUGCACAAAGUCCGAGAGCUCUGCUCAAUUUUCUCAUCAAAAAACCCAAAAUUGGUGGUGUUCGAGAGAUCGCUCCAACGUCCAAUUGCUCACAUUCGAAAAGAUAUGGAGGUGGAGGGCUUCAAGCCGGAACAGCUUCUGCACUUCAUUCAUGCGGAAGACGCUAUCACGAUGCGGAACGGAUUAGCUGCAAUCAGCUUGAGACAAUGCUCCCUCUCGGGAACUCCGCAGCCGGAUACGUGGGCGGAAGCGGUCAGGAACCAGAUCGGGGGAUUCCCGGCGGUCGUCCGACCUCUCCGACAUCACUGUGCUCAUUCUGUCGGUUUCAUUCGGAACGAAAACGAGUUUAAGAACUGGUUCAGAGUCAGUUUCUCUUCUUUUCUCUCUCAAUCAUGCAAUUUCAUUUGGUUUCAGCGGAACUCAAGUGUGCACCGCAACGAGCAUUACGUGGUACAGGAGUACGUGGACGACGGACACGAGUUCAGUGCGGUGUGCUCUUAUUCUGAAGGUCUACUAGGUGAGAUCGCAUUCCAUAGAAGCGUCGAAACUUUUACAUCUAUCCCAGGUUGCAUAUCUGCAAUUGAAACGCAUCGUUCCGUUUUGGAAUGCAUCCAGAAUCAGCAAGCGUAUGCAUUGGAAUACUUGUCUGCCAAUCAGACUCGAGACAUCUUUCCCGGAUUGGAAUCCUUUUGUAUUCAGGUACAAUAUCAAAUUUCUCUCCUUUCAUGAGUAACUUUAGGUAAUCAAAAGUGUUUUCCCCGGUGUCUACCUCGGAUUGAUCUUCAUCCGGGGCUACUACAAGGCUCACAACGAGAUAUUCUUCCUUGGCUUCGGCCUCGAGCCUGACAGCGAAACUGCUCGUCAUCUCUACGCUCUGCCACAUAGCAGUCCAUGGGAAAUUCUGGCUAUUAAAGCGCAAUUGGGUCCUCAGCCCGAAGAGGUGAGUAUCUGGCCAAUUCGGAUCUCUAACUUGUGUUCAGAACGAGAGCGUAGACAACAAUUACCACUGUGUUAUCAACUUUCCGUCUGCUGAAGGCGUGCUUAUUCACCAAACAAACAUAAUGAGGAGGUAACCCACUGUUUGCUUCUUCUCUGAGCUUUCUCAUGUCUCAUUUCAGAGAGAGCUACAUGAGAGUGUCGUGGAAGAGUGCGGAAAGUGCAGAGAUGAAAGACAGCGACAAUCUGGACGACAAUGUGCUGCAGGUGUUCCUCUGGAAUGCGAACCGGUCGAAGCUUCUCGAGAACUGCAGUGACAUCAUGCGCUCCACUGACAUCACCAUCGACCGGAAUGCGCUCAACGAGAGGCACUCUCUUUGCCGCAAAAACGUGGCCAAGUUGACAGCGAAGGAACUCGUCAGAAGCUGCACAACGACAGACUGA